AGCUGGCCAACACAGCGAAGCUCGAUGCGCCGCGCCUAAACAGAUGCCGCACAGCCACACAACUCCACGAAAGCGAUGCGCCCCAAGCGCAGAAAGCAGCAGACGACCUACGCCUAACGGGGCCAGAAUCCGAAUGGGAAUUGAGCUGAUUCUCGACAGUUCUCACCCAAGAAUCUCAACUAUUAAGGGGGUGCCCAAGGGGGGUCGGCUAUAAGGCCUCAUGUGGUGUGUUCUCGAACUUAGUUCGCCAUGGUAUGGUGGACUAAUUCUCAACUAUUAACACCCCCCCUUUAUAGGGGUCUCCUAUAAGGGUCCGAGGCUCUCGUGGGGAAGUCUGUUGGUGGUUCACAGAAAACACCUCCGAGGGCGAGCAUGUAUUUGCUCCGCAAAGCGCGCUAUUGGUAGGCGCCGUCGCGUGCGAAGCUGCCCUGCUCCGGGGUUCGCCCGGGGCCAAACUGCAGUGAAGCUGAGCGCACCAGUGCCCCUCCAGCCGCCGUCUGGGUAGGCGCCUUGUAUUGUCGCUGCCUUCGCUAGUUUCGCAGCGCUACACGGGCCCUAUAAGUGCUGGCCGGUCAAGGAGACUCUUCUGCGGAAACUGGGCGAAGCCGAGCUUCGCAUGAAGGGCGUUGCGGCGUUUCAAGGCGCCGAAGGGUCUGGGCGCGGGCGUUGUUGCCAAAGCCCUGCCAUCCCCGCCCCACGCCCCUAGCAACACCAAAAGCCCGCGGGGAAUAUCUGGCCAGAACGGCAUCCGAUUUCUAUUUCCACUACCACGCGUUGCCCAGGUGGCAAGAGGAGACAUGCGAUGGGGAGCAGCCAAGACCCCACUCCGGCGCGGCGCUUGUCCACCUUCGUGGCUAUCACGCCCUUUUCCCGUGCAGAGACUCGCCCCAUACCCAAUAUUGUUGCCCCCAGGUCUGCGCGUUAUUUUCGGCGAAUGGCCGGCGCAGUGAAUUUCUUUGGGGCCGUGUUUCUACAUCGAUAGACACGCCCACGUGCCGCAUGCGCUGCCGGGCGUGUUCUCCACGAAUAGAAGCGCGCUGCGUCUGCUCCCAGGGUUGCCUGGCACAUUGGAGGGCGCGGCUGGCCGCCCCUGCUAUCCCCUACUGUUGGCGUGAUUGGCUGCCGCAGCCGAGGCAGCUCGGCCGCGAGCUCCAUGUGUGAGGAUCAAGGGGGCUUUCGCUUUCAGGCAGUCUCACCUUCACGAGGGGAUGGCCAUGACGGUAGAGUCUGGCCGGCCCUCUGAAUGAGCAGCUAACGGCGCCAGCCCUCUCGCGCGUGCCAGCAUGAAGGCGACAGGCAGUGAGCGUCGUCAAAUUUGCGCGCAAAAUAACAGAACCAGGAAGGGCGAACACUACUCAGGCGGCCAACAGUGUCUCUGCGUCACAAGGUUGCGCGGAUCGCGCGGCAAGGCCACAAGGCCUGGAGACACACUGUUGGCCGGUGACCUGGAAAGCCCUCGCCUUCGAAAAGAAUGCAAAGAAAGCAACGAAAGAUACCCCCCUGCGCAAAAUUUUUGAAUUUAAUUGUUGAGCGCGUUAUAUUUUCCCUCCCUCUCUGCUUCUUCGCCCACCAGCAGCAGGGCUGGCCGGCAGAUAUGACGUGAGUGCGCUACUCUGCUCUUUUUGUUUCUCUUCGCGCUCCAGCGCUUACAGACAAAUGCAGACGCGAGGCGUUUUUUCAGCAGUAGCGGCGGGCACUGCGCCGCGCUUUCUUUUCUGGAUUCCAUGACUUUGUUGUUUAAUCCCGAACUUGAAGACGCUCUCGCAGACAUUGAAGAGGGUGACGCAAUUGUGUUUAAUGCGACUAUUUUGGGCCUUGGCAUUCGCGGAAGCCCGCAUGUCUUGCAGCUGUGGAAAAUUGUGGCGCAUCGCCGAGCGCCGGCGCUUAUCGCGCAAGCAGCUUCCCACACAGAUCAGGAAGCAGACGGAGGAGGGCCUAGGGGCUCCGGGCAGCUUGAUGGGGGGCUCAGGCGCGGAGACCCGUUGUCGUUGCAGGCGACACCGAGCACGUUUGGGGUCUCUGACCAAGAUCAAGGACAUGGCAGAGGCGGCGAUGCAAGUGCUAGCAGCUCCAUGACAGGGAAGCAGUCGCGGGAGCAGCCCGCCCGCCUUGGGUCAUUAGACGAAGGGCGGAAAAAUGCCGGCGCUGCAGGCCGCGGCGAGAAAUCUCCGCUAUCAGCUGCUGCGGUGACGGGCGAUCCUCAGCUCGCUCUUACGGCGACCCAUUCUCCUCCACUAUCUACCAAAGAGGAGGGCCACGAACGACCCGGGAGCAGGCCCGUUUGGACUGUCAACGAGCAGCAGCGCAAUGAGAUCCCGGGAGCGGCUAGCUCUCCCGCUCGACAGACGAGUAACAGCGAAGCGCUCCGCCAUGGGGGCGACGGCAGCAACGACGAAACCUGA